AUGAGCGAGUUUGUCCUUCAGGCCACGGCCCGGGGAGUCCCUGUGCACCACGUCGAAAGGAGAGAGCUGGAUGCGCUUUGCAGAGGUCAGGUCCACCAGGGAGUUUGUCUGGAGGCCACUCCUCUGCGUUUCAAGAGUCUGGAAGAAGCUGAAAAAACAGAUUUGGGCGAUGAAGGGAGACCAAACCAACAGCUGAUUUGGCUGGUGCUGGAGCAGAUCCAGGAUCCCAUGAACCUGGGGGCACUGCUGCGCUCUGCGUACUUCUUGGGGGUGGACAGAGUGGUGACAAGCCAGAGGAACAGCUGCCCCUUGACUCCGACAGUGAGCAAAGCUAGCUCUGGAGCUAUGGAAGUCUUCGACGUCUACAGCACAGAUGAUCUCCGGAGCUUUUUGAAGGCUAAAACUGCAGAAGGCUGGGAAAUUGUGGGCACUGUCGGCAAGCCUGAGGAUGCGGAAGAUGUUCCUGUCAUCAGUUGCUUGGAAUUUCGGUGGAAUAAGCCCGUUGUUAUAGUAAUAGGUAGUGAAGGUGACGGCCUUUCCCUAGAGACGCAGCUCUUGUGCCAUCGGAUGCUGGCCAUACCGCCUGGCAGAGCGCUUCACCCCGGCAUCGAGUCGCUGAACGUCUCUGUUGCUACUGGUAUUCUCCUGCACUCCAUCUGCAGCCAGAAGCUGAGGCACGGUGACUGA